GUUACCGGUUUCGCAAUGAACGACAAAACCGGUUUUGCCAUGACUUCAGAUCCCACCAAAAUUAAGGUAUUCCAACCGUUCUUCUUGAGCACCAACCUCCCGUAUUCGGUGAAACGUGGUGAAGUUAUCGCCAUACCCAUUGUCGUAUUCAAUUAUAUGGAAAAGUCACUGCAGGCCGAGGUGACCAUGGAAAAUACCGAUCAGGAAUAUGACUUCACAGAGGCGACAAAUGACAUCGAAGAAUCGGUGCUGGAGGAGAAGCAGAGAACCAAGACGGUUAAUGUACCGGCAAAUGGAGGUCAAACUGUCUCCUUUAUGAUUCGUCCCAAUAAGGUGGGUGAUAUCACGUUGAAAAUUAAGGCCAUUACACCCUUGGCUGGUGAUGCCAUACAUCAGAAAUUAAAAGUGGAACCCGAAGGUGUUACGCAAUAUGAAAAUCAUGCCAUUUUUGUAAAUAUCGGCAACAAGAAGAAGGAGGAUGCGAAGGAAGGCACUGAGGUUGUGAAACACGAUUUGAGUGCUGCCAUACCAAAGGAUGCCGUGUUGGAUUCGGAAUAUUUGGAAUUCUCGGCCGUGGGUGAUAUCCUGGGACCCACAAUUAAAAAUAUCGAUAAAUUGGUGCGAAUGCCCUACGGUUGUGGCGAACAGAAUAUGGUGAAUUUUGUACCGAAUAUAUUGGUCCUUUACUAUUUGGAUGCAAUUAAAAAGGAUAUGCCAUUGAUUGAACAGAAAGCGAAAAGUUAUAUGGAAUCGGGAUAUCAACGGGAGUUGACCUAUAAACACAAAAAUGGCGCCUACAGUGCUUUUGGUGAGGGUCACAGUGAGCCGAAUAGUUGGUUAACCGCCUAUGUGGCCAGAUCGUUUAUCCAAGCUCGGAAAUAUAUUACCAUUGAUGGAGCUGUGAUUGAUCAGGCCUUGGAUUUCUUGGCCAAGACCCAGGAGGAGGAUGGUCAUUUUCCACAAAAGGGUAAACUUUUCCAUCCCGCCCAUCAAAAUGAUGUUGGUUUCACGGCAUUUGUGCUAAUGGCCUUCCUGGAGAAUGAGGACUAUGCCGCCAAAUACAAAUCACAAAUUCAACAGGGUCUCAAAUACCUUGGCGAUCACAUUGCCACAGAAGAUAAUAUUUAUGCCCUCUCCAUUGCCGCUGUGGUUCUCAACAAGGUCCGCCACCCUGAUGUCCCGAAAUUAAUGGAAAAACUUGAAAAGGCAGCCACAUUUAAAAAUUCUCUAAAAUGGUGGUCCAAUGAAAAUAAGGAUCACUCCAAUGACAUCGAAGUUACCGCCUAUAUUUUACAAUCUCUAACGGAAACGGAAGAGGCUGGAAAAUUAUUACCAAUUAUCCAAUGGUUGGUUGGUCAACGUAACAGUUUGGGUGGUUUCGAUUCGACACAGGAUACAGUGGUCGGUUUACAGGCCUUGAUUAAAUUUGCCGAACGUUUUAUGGCCGGCGGAGGUGGUGAUGGAAAAAUGCGAAUUGAUUUUGAGGCCAAGGAUGGGGAGGGAAAGCAGACGACAAAGGAUACCAUUGAGGUGGAUAAGGAGAAUGCCCUGCUGUUGCAGACACAUGUGCUCCCCAAAUCAUCCCGUCAGGUCACAAUGACCGCAAGCGGUGAAGGUUCCUGCCUGGUACAAUUAUCCUAUCGUUAUAACUUGGCCAGCAAAGAUGAUAAACCCAGUUUCAGCAUAAAACACGAAUUGAAAGACACCUCCAACACACAUCAUCUUCAAAUGCAAGUCUGCACCGAAUAUCAACCGACAGCCGAUAGCGAACUUCAAGAAUCAAAUAUGGCUGUAAUGGAGAUCUCCCUGCCAUCAGGUUUUACCGCUGAUUUAGAUAGUUUCGAUGAAAUACGCGAGGCCAAUCAAGUUCAACGUGUUGAAACGAAAAAUUCCGAUACGGUCAUCAUUAUCUAUUUCGAUAGUUUGAAGGCUGGCGAACCGGUGUGUUUCAAAGUCAUCGCUGAGAAAUCUCAUGCUGUUGCUAAGCAAAAGCCGGCAGCUAUCACGGUCUACGAUUACUACAACACCGAACAGCGUGCCACUGUUUAUUAUGAGGUGAAAUCGUCACUGUGCGAUAUUUGUGAAAAGGAUGAAUGCGGUCAGGGAUGUUCGAAAAAGGAAUAG